ACCUCAGGCGCUGGACAAUUAUUGUGCUAUUUUUGAAUAUGUUGACCGAAAAAAAAAUUAUAAAAGAGACCGCAGAACCCACGUACCCGUUUAGUCAUUCUCGUGUAGUGUAACACUUAAUACCAAAAUUAACACUCGCAGCCAAGAAUAUGCGUUGCGUGUAUUUCUUCAUAUGCCUGUUGCUCGGCAUCAGCUUGGCGCUAACAGCGGCCACAGCUGAGAAGAGCGUUAUUAUUGUAGCGCGUUCUGCCGCUGCGCACAAGCCAAAAACCAUAGCUGCGCCGCUAUACACAUCCUCGCCACGCCCACCCGUCGCUGAGGUGCAGUCAACAGCAGCGCCUACUAAAGCGCCCACCGUUAUUAUCAAUGCGCCACCUCAACUCGCCGUUGUGCUCCCGUCGACAGCUGCACCUAUUGAGACACCCACUACAGCGGCGUCCUCAGUUAUUAUCAACGCGCCGCCUCAAUUCGCCGUUGUGCUCCCGUCGACAGCUGCGCCUACUGAGGCAUCCACCACACCGGCGCCCUCAGUUAUUAUCAACGCGCCACCUCAACUCACCGUUGAGAUCUCGUCGACAGCAGCGCCUACUGAGGCACCCAGUACAGCGGCGCCCGCUGUUAUUAUCAACGCAGCCCCGCAAAUCACCGCAACAACCGAGAAGCAGCAAGUUACAGUUGAAAAGGUAACCGAGCCACAGCCGCUGCAGACACCUCCCACAGUUGACGCGCCAGCCCUAGUGGAAGUGACACCCAAACAGGAGACGCCACUGCAAGUGACCGGCUUCAUUACGAAGAACGGCAACAUCUACGAAGUGGUCGACAAGAAUGGCAUCGGUCGUAUCGAGGGUCGUCAAAACUCAAACCCUGACACUAAUGCGCCGUUUGUCUGUAAUUAUGGCGCCGUGGUCAUUUACAGUGAUGUGCCCUGCGAAGAGGUGACCAAUGUGCAUGUCGGUGGAGUCCGUGAUGAAGUGCCAAAUAUGGCCGACAAUAAGGAAAAGGAACCGGCCGAAACGCAGCAAUCAACAGCUGUGGUGCAGCAAGCUGUCGCUGAAAACAACAGCAGCAACGAAGACAACAACGAUAAUCACGACAACGACAAUAACAACAAUAAUCACAACAACAACAGAGUCGAUGAUACGAGCUCGGACGCUGAUGCCCAAGUCGAGUAUACGCCUAAUGACGAUAGUGCCUAUCUUGAUUACGACGUAAUAUUGCCGGCGGUGGUGGAUCGUAGACGCGGCAACAAGCAACCCGCCAAUCAACGCAGACGUAACGCCAAUCGUCAGCCUCCAAUUGUCGUACAUGUGGAUGGUGGCAAUCGUCGUCGCCAGCAGGCAAAGCGUCAGCGGCCACAGCAACAGCGUCGCCGUCAACAGAAUAACCGCAAAAGGAAUCAGCAACAACGUAGACGUUUGCAAUACCAACAACAACUACAACAACAACAGAACAGACGCCGCUACCAAAAUGGCAAUCGCAAGACACAGCAACGUCGACGCUUUGGCAACAGCAAUAACAUACGACGUUACCUUGACUAUGACUACGAUUAUUAUGAACGCCGGCUGUGAGUUGGCGCUGCGCUGAAAUGAGAGCAAAGACGAAUAAUAAUAAUAUUAAAUUAUAAUGAUGAUAUGUGAAGUGAUGAUUCGAUUUAAUAUGAAUUGUGUUGGAAAGCAUAAAAUAUUCGAAGAAAAUUAUUAGAAACCUUAGCUUUACAAGUGCGGGGCUACAGAAUCGCUCAAGAAUCUAUAUAUAAGUAUACGGAUAUAUAAAUUAUUUUUUUUUUAACCAGUGAAAUU